AUAUUGUUGUAGUCAAAACGCAGAAGUCAAAUAAGAAAAAUAAAAGAACGCAAAAAAGAAGAAAAAAAGGUGGGAAAAGAGUCGAUUAACAUUACAAAAACACACUGAAUUCAUUGAUUAGAAACAAAGAAAGGCAAUCGAGAAUCGGAUUGCUGUGUUUAGUGGUUGGUUUCUCCGUCUCUGAUAAGAAAACAAAAAAAAUGAUAAACGGCGGUCCCUCUGGUUUUAGUAAUGCUCCAGUCACCAGAACAUUUGUCAUCGCUAGUGCGAUUUUCACCGUUUUCUUUGGGAUCCAAGGCCGUUUUAACAAGCUUGGUUUGUCGUAUGAGGACAUUUUCAAGAAUUUUCGCCUAUGGAAGUUGAUAGUGUCUGGCUUUGCCUUUUCAUCUGCACCAGAACUGAUGUUUGGGCUGUAUUUGCUGUACUACUUCAGGGUGUUUGAGAGACAGAUAGGUUCUAAUAAGUACUCAGUCUUCAUCUUGUUCUCCAUAAUGGUUUCAUUACUCUUUGAGGUCCUUGCACUAGCACUUCUAAAAGAUCCUGCUACAAACCUACUGACAUCUGGACCAUAUGGUCUUAUAUUUGCUUCGUUUGUACCCUUUUUCUUUGACAUUCCAGUUUCGACAAGGUUCCAUGUAUUUGGAGUUCGCUUUUCUGAUAAGUCUUUCAUAUAUCUAGCUGGUCUCCAGCUUCUUUUAUCAUCAUGGAAAAGAUCUCUGUUGCCAGGAUUAUGUGGGAUUCUCGCUGGUUCCUUGUACCGUCUAAAUUUCUUAUGCAUCCGCAAGGCAAAGUUCCCUGAGUUUGUUGCUUCAUUCUUUUCACGGCUUUCUUGGCCAUCUGUUGGGAGUUCGCCUGCAGCACCUAGUAGAAAUGUUGUAGGAAGUGUGCCAUCCUACACAGGGCACCAAGUGGAGAGAAGUUACCCUUCUCCAGCGCCUUCCAUCAUUGAGCCGCCUGAAGACUCCAUUGCUAUACUUGUUUCUAUGGGAUUUGACCAAAACUCUGCCAGACAGGCCCUUGUGCAGGCAAGAAAUGAUAUAAAUGCAGCUACAAACAUCCUUCUUGAAGCACAAUCUCACUAAUUCUGAAAAAAAGAGUUGUUGAGAACUUUGAACCUGGACUUCUGGAAUCCCUAGCAGAAUCACAUUGAUGCCAAGAUGUGGUGGGUAAAAAGAAAUGCCCGUUAUGUUGACCCAACUGAUAUGCUCCAGGAAUACAUCAUGGCACUCAUUUACUAUUUAGGGUUUCCAUUUUCUUUUCUUGUCGACGCUGUCUAGAUCUGUAGCUUUAAUCAUUAACAUAUCACUAUUUACAAACCAAUAUUUAGGAGCCUGUAGAAUUAUUUACCACAUAUUGGGAAACUUGCAUUGCCUUAUUGAUCAGACACUUUUGUUUCAUGCAUUCUGGUGAUUUGGCCGUGUGAUUCCUUUUAGAUGUUGUUAAGGUUGUAAAUUUGCUUAUCCUUAUUCUUGAAUUGGGUUAUUCUUACAUUCAACCAUGCCUGCCUUUUGGGUUAAAUUUCAAUUGAUUCUUCUUUCGUGCA